AUGUUUGGCGCAUUUCCGAUCAAUCCAAGAGUGCCUUCAAACAUCGACCCACAAGAUAUCCCAGGCCCUACACCCAUUACCCUGCCGAGAUAUCAGCCCUUUGCACAAGAUGACCUGCUUGUUGACCAGUCACAAUCAUUGCCUCAGCUGCUUAAACAGACCGGACGUGAAUCCAUUGUUCUUGGAGCGACUGGUCUGCUAGCCAUCGGGUUAGACCUUAAGCUAGAUGUCGAUUUGAAGCAUCUCGUGCCUCCUGCAUCAUGCUUGCCUGAUUUUCACCAGUGGGAUAAGCUCACAGCGGAAGAAGCUCAAAACCAGGGUGGGAAGCAUCAGUUCCCACUGCGGAACGGAGUAACAUCCCCUGGCGUCCAAGUGUACUUGGAACGCAGGCGAGAGCUUGCGAAUACGAAUGAAGACGCCUUCCGUACCGUAAGACGGCUAAGCCCCCCACGGGGGAAACAACAAGCCAGGCUGGGGAACGCGUACGAAUUCUUCCGCUGUCUGGAGCUGUUUACGGCUUUCUGGGACGAUCCCUCCCAGCCCGAGCAGCUGCCUCCCUCACCAGAAUUGACCGGAUCCAGGGAUGAUGAGGCAGCUGACCCGGACCCCGACCACGACCACGACCACGACCACGAACCCGAAUCUCACCAGGCUUCAGCAGCUAUUUAUCGAACCUGCUCGGGCGAGGCCAUGCCGGCAGAAUACAGACAGACCCUGUUGAACGCCUUUGUAAAGCUGGUCGCCUACGACUUUGGCUGCAGCGUCUCCGUGGCAAGGACGGAGCCACGACUGCAUUUCAGCUCGCCUUCAGGCCGUCGGCAGCGGAAAUCGUACACGUCAUCCGACUGCCAUUUUGUCUUCCAGAUCCCCAGGGCUCGAGAGACUGCCCGAGCAGGAGUUGUCCACGGCCCAGUGGCUGCAGUCAGCACCCGCCCCACAGUGAGCUUCACCACGCCCGACGCCGAGGCGGCUCAGUCGCAGGAUCUGGCCCGGGAAGUCGUGGCAGCGCUCAUCACCGCUCAACAUCGAAACCGGGAAGGCAGAGAGGAAACCCGUUUCGGCGACCAACAAUGGUGGACGACGAGACAUCGAUGGGGCGGCGGAGUAGGAGGGCCAAUCGGUCGAGAGAUUGAAAAGGAGGCCGUCGCUAGCAAAGCCGAGGCGGGCGCGGCGGACAAGACGAACCAGACGGACAAUGCCGGGGACGGACCCGUCAAGAAGCCUCGUAAGACGAUGCCCAUCUACGACAGGUACCGCAAGGUGCGCCCACCAGCUUCGUCGUGGGACCAAAAGGCCAGGUACGAGGCCAUCGGCAAGGUCAAGGGUGCGGGCUACGACGACAUAUUCCUCAUCAGCUCUCUUUUCCACCACCUGUCCAUCCUCCGCGUGCGCGUGCCUUUCCGACUGCUGGAGGUCUUGGACGGGUCGCCCGAGCAAGAUGCCACGAGGAGAAGCUGGGGCAGAGUGGAGGCUUGGAGGAGCCCGUGGUUCGACUUUUUCGACGUCGGACAACGGAUACGGGCCAUGCAACUGGUCUGGGCGGUCAUGGCGUACCAAAUGAGGCGCGACGACUAA